AAUCCCAUGUUCUUUCUCUGCUUGCCACACACUGGAAACUCGUCUUCCUUCUUUGUCUGUCUGCACGUCAAAAAUGGCGGCCACUGCUCCAAACUCCUACACCUCCUUCACGAAGCCCUCUUCUUGCUCUUCUCCCACCAAAUCUCAGAAACCCAUUUCCAGUUUUGCCCUUCCCUUCUCCUCUUUUUCCCUCCGCUCCUCCUCCUCCAGCCUUCGCAUUUCCUGUUCUAUACCUCAACCCAACCCAAGACCCUCUUCUUCCAAUGUCCCCCCCGCCGCCGCCUCCGCCGCAACCACCAUUGUUUCUGAACCGGAGACAAUCAUUCCCCGAUUUGCCCCUGACGAGCCCAGAAAAGGCGCCGAUGUCCUCGUCGAAGCUUUGGAGCGCCAAGGAGUCACCAACGUAUUCGCUUACCCUGGUGGCGCGUCCAUGGAGAUCCACCAAGCACUCACGCGCUCCUCCAUCAUAAAGAACUGCCUCCCUCGCCACGAGCAAGGUGGAGUCUUUGCCGCCGAGGGCUACGCGAGGUCUUCCGGCCUUCCCGGCGUGUGUAUCGCAACCUCUGGUCCCGGUGCCACCAACUUGGUCAGUGGACUCGCCGACGCUCUAUUGGAUAGCGUGCCUGUGGUUGCUAUCACAGGUCAAGUCCCAAGGCGAAUGAUUGGUACAGAUGCGUUCCAAGAGACUCCGAUUGUCGAGGUAACUAGAUCUAUCACGAAGCAUAAUUAUCUUGUUCUUGAUGUGGAAGACAUUCCUAGGGUCGUUAAAGAAGCAUUUUUCUUAGCUACAUCAGGAAGACCAGGCCCUGUUUUGAUUGAUAUACCAAAAGAUAUUCAGCAACAGCUUGUUGUUCCCAAUUGGGACCAACCCAUUAAGCUUCCUGGCUACUUGGCUAGGUUGCCUAAGGUUCCACAGGUGGCCCAUUUGGAACAGAUUGUGAGGUUGAUAUCGGAGUCGAAAAAGCCGGUUUUGUAUGUUGGUGGUGGGUGUUUGAACUCCAGUGAGGAGUUAAGGAGGUUUGUGGAGCUUACUGGUAUUCCGGUUGCCAGUACUUUGAUGGGUCUUGGAGCUUACCCUUGCUCGGAUGAGUUAUCCCUUCAAAUGCUUGGAAUGCACGGCACUGUUUAUGCCAAUUAUGCUGUGGACAAAAGUGAUCUGUUGCUUGCUUUUGGUGUAAGAUUCGAUGACCGUGUAACGGGGAAGCUUGAGGCUUUCGCUAGCCGUGCUAAGAUUGUUCAUAUCGAUAUUGAUUCGGCUGAGAUUGGAAAGAACAAGCAACCCCAUGUGUCAGUUUGUGCUGAUGUGAAACCGGCUUUGGAAGGGAUGAAUCGGAUAUUGGAGGAGAAGGAAUCAAAGCUUAAACUCAAUUUUUCAGCUUGGAGGGAGGAGCUAAAAGAGCAGAAACAAAAAUAUCCAUUGAGUUUUAAGACUUUUGGGGAAGCUAUUCCUCCUCAGUAUGCAAUUCAGGUUCUUGAUGAACUGACUGAGGGAAAUGCAAUCAUAAGUACUGGUGUUGGCCAGCAUCAGAUGUGGGCGGCUCAGUUUUACAAGUACAAGAGGCCUCGCCAAUGGUUGACAUCAGGGGGGUUAGGAGCUAUGGGCUUUGGAUUGCCUGCAGCUAUUGGAGCUGCUGUUGCCAAUCCCGAUGCUAUUGUUGUUGACAUUGACGGUGAUGGAAGUUUCAUCAUGAAUGUCCAGGAGCUGGCAACCAUCCGGGUGGAGAAUCUCCCUGUUAAGAUACUGCUGCUAAAUAAUCAGCAUUUGGGUAUGGUUGUUCAAUGGGAGGACCGCUUCUACAAGGCAAACAGAGCUCAUACCUACCUAGGGGACCCAUCGAAUGAAUCUGAAAUAUUCCCCAACAUGUUGAAGUUUGCAGAUGCUUGUGGAAUACCAGCUGCCCGUGUGACAAAGAAGGAAGAGCUUAGAGCUGCAAUUCAGAAGAUGUUGGACACUCCUGGCCCUUACUUGCUGGAUGUUAUAGUACCCCAUCAAGAACAUGUCCUGCCUAUGAUUCCAAGUGGUGCUGCUUUCAAAGAUAUGAUCACUGAGGGUGAUGGGAGAUCAAGUUACUAGUUUUCUGAGCUGCAGUUUUUAUGUUUUUCUUGCUUUCUAUAUGUACAUUUUUUUGUGUUAUCAGACUGGAGCUUUUAGUAUGGAGUAGUACUUUCUAGACUCCGUUUUUUGGUUUGCAUGAACAAGUUGUACUUUGAAUUAACUUAAAGUUGUGGCAAGCUUUAUCCAAGUUAGUUCCUUCUAUAUCCUAGUUUUUGUUAUUUCAAUCCUUGUUCUGAGAUUGUACUUUGGUCCUAUAAUUUGUAUUCUACUAGUGAUAUUCGAUAUCAAAGUCUAUUCUAUUUAUCAA